AUGGGAAACGCAGCCUUUUCGCAGGCCAACAUCAAUGGGGUGUACAUUCCCUCGGUGCUGCUGAUCGUCGGGGUCGCCAUCGUCAAGAGAGACUAUGUCCCUUAUGCAGUCGCCAUCGCUGCCAUCAUUGGAGGCUACAAGAUCUUCACGGGCUUGACUCCAUCCUCAAGAAAGGUCCUGAAGCCCGACGUCUUCCAAGAAUUCCCGUUGACCAAAAUCACCAAAACCUCGCAUAAUGUGGCCAUCUACCGAUUUGACCUUCCCCAACCCACGGACAUCCUCGGUCUCCCCAUUGGCCAGCACAUGUCGUUGGCAGCAACACCCAAGGGGGCGGAUAAAGAGGUGGUGCGGUCAUAUACCCCCAUUUCUUCCGACGAAGACAAAGGGUUCUUUGAGCUCAUGAUCAAGGCGUACCCUCAGGGCAACAUCAGUGCUCAUAUGACGACCUUGAAGGUUGGUGAUACCAUGAAAGUCCGCGGCCCCAAAGGAGCCAUGGUCUACACCCCGAACAUGUGCAGACGUAUUGGCAUGAUUGCUGGUGGAACUGGAAUCACACCCAUGCUGCAAAUCAUCCGCGCCAUCAACCGCGGUCGGCCUCGCAACGGAGGGAAUGACACCACCAAGGUUGAUCUGAUUUUUGCCAAUGUCAACCCCGAAGAUAUCCUGUUGAAAGAACAGCUUGAUGCCUUGGACAAGGAAGACCCUGAUUUCACCGUCUACUAUGUCUUGAACAAUCCCCCCGAGAAAUGGAAUGGCGGUGUAGGCUUUGUGACGGCGGACAUGAUCAAGGCCAAACUCCCGGCUCCAGGACCUGACAUGAAGAUCUUGAUUUGUGGUCCUCCACCCAUGGUGAGCGCACUGAAGAAAGCCACGGAAAGCCUCGGGUAUCAAAAGGCUCGACCUGUCAGUAAACUGGAAGACCAGGUGUUUUGCUUCUAG